GGGAGAGCGGAGCGCAGGUGGAGGAUGGCGGGCAGGAUGGCUCUGCGCUCUUCUCCCCUGUUGAGUCUGGUGUGGCUGGCGGUCGCCUUUCCGGAGAGCAGCUGCGGCUCCUUCUCACACUCUUUGAAGUUUACCUCCUUCACUAUUUCGGAGCCCAGUCAGGGGCUGCCUCACUUUGUGAUGCUGGUGGACGUGGAUGAUCAUGUCCUUCUUCACUAUGACCGCGAGACCGGGAAGAUGCAGCCUCGCGUCUCCUGGAUAGAGAAGUUGAAGGAGGAUGACCCGGAAUUCUGGGACAAAGUGUUCAAGGAAGCACAUGAGGUUGAGAAGAUGUUCGUAAAUGGCCUGGAGUUUGUGAGGAUUUUCUCCAGUCAUAGCGAAGCUCGCACUUUUGCCUACGCCGCUGCCUCGCAUCAAGCCAGCAUUCCUCUGCACCUUCGUGUGGUGCAGGUCAUCCUAAGCUGUGAUCUCCAGGGAGAUGGGAGCAAAAGAGGGUUUGUGCAGGUGGCUUAUAAUGGGGAGUCUAUGACACCACCAUCCACCAUGGAUAAGUCUGAAAUGGAGGAAUGCAUUGCUUUGCUAGAGAAGUUCCUGUCUUACGGGAAUGAGACGCUGCUGAGGACAGAUCCUCCAGUGGUGACAGUGACCAGAAGGGUGGAGGCCGAAGAUGAGAAGGAAACACACAUUUGUCGGGUCCACGGCUUUUAUCCCAGGGUGGUCAAUGCCUCCUGGAUGAGGGACGGGGAGGUCUGGCUGCAGGACACCCUCCAUGGAUCUGUGGCCCCCAACGCGGAUGCCACCUACCACUACUGGCUCAGCAUCCAGAUUGAUCCUAAAGAGAGGGGACGCUAUAAAUGCCACGUGGAGCACGACGGCCUGCAGGAACCUCUGGACGUGGCUUUGAAGGAUGAGGGGCAGCAGGGGAACAAUCAGACCAUUUAGCGGCCCCUUCACAGGUGAGUGG